AUGUCACUUUUAAGUAGGCAUACGCGAAAGUCUAGUGCUUUGAAAAAAUCUAAAUCCAAAUCUGAAGAUUUCGAAUAUACUGCACAAGAUUUGCCAUCUUUGCGUCGAAAGCGGACAAUUGCUAUUAAACGUUUAAAUAAAGCUUUAGAAAUCGGUCAAUUAGCUAAGAGUGAUCCCUCUCAACGCGACUUAUUUUUAUCUUAUCAUCAUGAUAUUAAGAACAUAACGGCGGCUUUUGAAGACGCACAUUUCGGUAUUUUAGAGAUUUUAGAUGAUUCUUCUGAUUCGGAUGCUUGUUUACAGGAGCAAUUUGAUGACACGUAUUACGAAAUUGAAUCUAUUUAUCGCGGUUUAAUUCGAAGUGAAGAUGCAAAGCAAUCGAAAAGCGUUUCAUCAUCGUUAAAUGUUCGGUUACCUAAAAUAACACUUCCUAGUUUUUCUGGUAACAUCAAGCAAUGGCCGGAGUAUUUUGAUACUUUUAACGCUUUAAUUCAUAAUUCUUCUUCACUUACCGAAACAGAAAAGUUUCACUAUUUGGUGUCCUCCCUUAGCGGCGACGCAUUAUCCGUAGUUAAAGCGUUUCCUUUAACUCAUGAACAUUACACUAGUGCGUACCAAGCCUUAUGCGCUCGAUAUAAAAACAAACGCGAUCUUGCUUUUACUUGUUGGCGCGAAAUCCUUAAUAUUGAAUUUAAGUGUAAGGAUGCUAAGGAAUUUCGUAAGUCUCUCGACACUUUUGAUGAGAACUUAAGUAUCUUGAAAACAAUUAAUUUACCGGUUCAAGACUGGGAUUUCAUAAUUGUGUAUCAUAUCUUAUCAAAACUUAAUACAGAAAUGCGUCGUAGCUUUGAAGAAAAACAUUCCGAUAUCGAGUUUCCGACUUAUAAUCAAUUAAAACUAUUUUUACAAUCUAAGUGUGAGGCUUUAAUGCGGGAUGCACAUUUUUUGGAAUUACCAAAAUCGAAUAAUAAUUCUGAACCUAUCUUUAACGGCUCUCGCGAAGUGGCACUUCGACGGUUUUAUGCGAUUGAAAAAAGACUAUCAACAGAUCAUGAAUUAUCCUCUCAAUACUGCGAAUUCAUGGCUGACUAUAUCGAGUCUAAUCACAUGUCACUCGUGCCACUUGAUCAAAUGGGUACAGGUAAAUAUUACAUCCCACAUCAUUGUGUUUUACGUCCUGACUCGACUACGACUCGUCUUCGAGUUGUGUUUGACGCGUCUGCAAAGGAUCGUAACUCUAAAUCUUUCAACGAUUCUCAAUUAAUCGGUCCGAAGUUGCAACCUGACAUUUUCAAAAUUCUUUUACAUUUUCGGGAACAUCAAAUCGUAAUCAUGGCGGAUGUCCGCCAAAUGUAUCGGCAGAUUCUGAUUUCGCCUGAACACCGCGAGUAUCAACGUAUUCUCUGGAGAUCGUCGCCUCGCGAUGAUAUUCGAGAGUAUCGUUUGAAUACGGUUACUUAUGGUGUAGCCUCAUCUCCUUAUCUCGCUUGCCGUACGUUGCAACAGCUUGCUGACGACGAGGGGGAUGCAUUUCCACUGGCGAAACAGAUCGUACUCUCAAAUGUGUACGUCGAUGAUGUUGUCUGCGGCUUUGACGAUUUUAACGUUGCUCAGGAAGCAAAGACGCAACUUAUCAAACUUUUUAACUUAGGACAUUUUCAACUUCGUAAGUGGGUUAGUAAUGAUCCAAAGCUUUUAUCUGACUUACCCAUUGAACAUCACUUACAAGGUUCAAUAUCGCUUGACCACUCGGAACCCUCACCUCUAAAGGUCCUCGGUCUUCAAUGGGACCCUUUAUCGGAUUCAUUUCUCUUUUCGGUACAACCCACACAUCAAACUUGUACUAAACGUUCAAUCCUAAGCGAACUUGCGCGAAUUUUUGAUCCUUUAGGCUUUCUUUCCCCAAUCACAAUCCAAGCUAAGUGCUUGAUCCAAAAACUUUGGAUUCUCGGUGUGAAUUGGGAUGAAACGCCACCCAUCGAAGUUGUCCAUUCUUGGGCUUCUUAUACGGAUCAACUUCCGAAGCUAGCUCAACUUCGUAUACCGCGCAAACUUACCUGCUCGAAGUCCACAUCAUACGAACUGCACGGAUUUUGCGACAGUUCUGAAGUCGCGUAUGGUGCUGUGAUAUAUUUACGUGCCACAGAUGAAGCUGGAAACAUUCAGGUCUUCUUUGUCUGUUCCAAAGCUCGAGUCGUUCCAUUGAAGCGAAUUCCACUCCCGAGACUAGAGCUUUGUGCUGCAGUCCUGCUGGCUGAUUUAUAUAAGUAUGUUCAUGAUACGUACCUUGCGCACAUUUCAAUCGAUUCUGUCUUCUUGUGGUCAGAUGCUAAUAUCAUUUUGUCCUGGCUACGCUCUCACUCGUCACGCUGGACUACUUUUGUAGCAAACCGCGUGAGUCAUAUCCAAGAAAUCACUCCACCAGAAUGCUGGCACCACGUUUCCUCCAAGGACAAUCCAGCUGAUAUUUGUUCUCGCGGACUUUUCCCCAGUGAAAUUCUGAAUAAUUCCUUAUGGUGGGCGGGACCAGAUUGGCUUGCAAAGGAAAAGGAUUCAUGGCCGUUGCAUGUUGUAACUGUAACUCGGGAAGAAGAAGAGAUUAUCCAAGCUGAGUUAGUAACACAUACCCAAAGUCAAGAAUUUUCAAAUGAAAUUUUAAGCUUACAAAUUAAAAAACCUGUCAUCAAACAGUUUCGUAAACUCAACCCAUUCAUCGACGAUUUCGGAGUCCUCAGGGUGGGCGGCAGACUUUCUCGCUCGGGGCUGGAAUACGAACACAAACAUCCAGCGCUCUUACCUUCUGAUCAUCCGCUAACGUAUUUAAUUAUCGAUCACAUACAUCGUAGUUACUGCCACCCUGGUGUAAACACAACAAUUUUUCUGCUAUUGCGGCAGUUUUGGGUAGUGUCAGUGAAACGUGCAGUGCGUCGUGUUCUUUCAAAAUGUAUAAAGUGCUAUCGACUGCACCCUCAACCGUUACAACCGUUCAUGAGCGAUUUGCCUGCAUAUCGUGUAAAUCAGGUAAAGCCUUUCUCUGUCGUGGGCGUGGAUUUUGGCGGACCUUUUCGCAUAAAACUUGGUCCACAUCGUGGCGCUAAAAUUGACAAGGUGUACCUCUGUGUGUUCGUUUGUCUCGCGACAAAGGCGGUUCAUCUAGAGGUCGUUUCCACACUAUCAGCGGACGGUUUUAUCGCUACUCUUCGGCGUUUUGUGGCGCGUCGUGGUCGCUGCACGACUAUUCAUGCGGAUUGUGGUACCAAUUUUGUUGGUGCCCGGAAUCAACUGUCUUCCCUUAUGGAAAAUGCUUCACAUGCGGAGCGAAUUGAAUUCAAAUUCAAUCCUCCAUCGGCUCCCCACUUUGGCGGAGUGUGGGAGAUUCAAAUUAAAGCGGCCAAAACUCAUUUAUACCGGGUUGUUGGUGAUCAAGUGUUAACUUUUGAAGAGCUAACAACGCUCUUCGCUCAAAUAGAAGCUGUUUUGAAUUCGAGACCGCUUUGCCCCGUAAGUGCUGACCCUAACGAUUUAUCAGCACUAACUCCAGGUCACUUCCUGACCUUAGAACCGCUAACUGCAGUCCCCGAUGAGGAUCUAUCUUCAAUUAACGUUAAUCGGCUUCAUCGGUGGCAGCUGUUACAAUCGUUUCACCAAAACUUUUGGUCCAGAUGGAAAAACGAAUAUCUUAAUUUUUUAACGCAACGCGCCAAAUGGACCAAAGAUUCAAAACCUUUAGCUGUAGGAUCGAUGGUCAUUAUCAAAGAUGACAACCGCGCUCCGUUACACUGGACCCUUGGUAGGGUACAGCAGCUUCUUGCUGGAGCUGACGGAGUCAUUCGAAUUGCACUGGUUAAAACUGCAACCAAUAACGUAAUCCAACGGCCUUUGGUUAAGUUGUGUCCUCUGCCACUGGAGGACUAG